AUUGUUCUUUUAUCAUUUAAUUCGUAUUAUAUUAUGUGCUAAAACUGUAAAUUAGAAUAUUUUUAUUUUUAUAGUAAGACCAUUAGUAAAAUCCUUCUGUUGUCAGAAUGAAUAAAAAAGUGGACCAAAAAAAUAAGCCAUUAAGUACUUUACAAAAAAAACACAGACCGCUAAGUGUUUUUACACAAGAUAAUGUUCCAACUCGAUCUGCUAGUAAUUCAAAUUUUGCAAACAUUAUGAAUUCUCCAAUUAAUAAUACACCAAAAAAUGUGAAUCAUCGAUCCAAAAGUAAUUUAACAAUGAAAGAUAAUAGUGCUGUUAGUCGACUCAAAAAUUUUAGUUCCAAUGUUACCUUAGAAAGAAAUGGUAGUAUGCCAAAUUUAAAUGCAACUGGUAAUAGAUUACAAUUGGACAAAACUACCAAACUAAGGUUUGCAUAUGACAAAUAUCUCAGCAGCUUAGAAGCAAAAUAUGUGUUUCAGAUGUUUGAAAAAAAUAUAUCUUCAAAUAUUGAUAAACAAAAAAAAGUUUUUAGAGAUGAAUUUGAUAUUCUCAAAAAUCAAUUAGUUACUUUGAGUAAAGAAUUGGAAUCGAUAAAUGGUUUAAAACUUGAAAAAAAAUUAAUUGAUCAAAAAUAUGAAGUACUUGAAAUUCUUAAUAAAGCUCUUGUGUUUAAUAAUUCAGAUGAAGAAAUUAUGACAUUGUUCUCUAGUACAGCAUCCAAAGUUGUUGUUAAGAAUUUUAAACAAUUGGAUGAAGAUGAUUUAAAUGCUGUAAAGAUCCUGUUGAACGAAAUUAUAGAAUCAUUGAAACUACUUGAUUAUGAAAAUAAAAUUAAUGCACGUAUUCAAUUAAAAGAUUCACUGGUUAAAGUAGCUACGUUAACUAAAGAAUUAGAUAAAUUAAAAUUGAAGUGUGAAGAGCUAUUUGAUGAACAAGAUAGUUUGCUAAAUUAUAAUAAAUCAUAUAAGAUAUUAAAAAAUCAAUUUGGAGAAAAUCCUGACUCAAAUUUACUUCCAACAAAAAGUAACUUAGCAGAAGAAGUUGAAAAUGUAUUAAAUGAAAUAGAAUGGUAAAUUAAUUAAUUUGUACUAAAUGUAUACUAUAGA